AUGCAGCAUGCCUCGCAAUCUAUCUUGGCUUUGGAUGAACAGUCGUAUGAAUUGCUUACUCAAAAGCCUAGAAACUACACCUUGUUUGUAGUGCUCACUAGCACCGUGCCUCAGCAUAACUGUAAACCCUGUGUUGAAUGGCAUACUAGAUACAAGAUUGUAGCAGAUACAUGGGCAAAGUCGUUUGAGUCUGGAAAGCUGUAUUUUUCAGAGCUGGACUUUGUUCAUGGUCAGAGUGUGUUUUCCAAGCUUGGGAUCCAAUCAGUGCCAUUGGUGCUACGUUUUCCUCCUACCGAUGGGCCACAGGCAAUCAAAGGCAUCUAUGAAUUAUAUGAUCUGAAUCGCAACGGUUUUUCUGUCGAGCCGUUUAUUUCCCAUAUUGAAGCAGUCACCGGCGUCAAGAUCAAAAUCACAAAACCUCUGGACUAUGGCAAGCUAGCAAUCACUAUUGUAAUUGGGGCUACUGCUGCUAUUGUUAUUUUCACUUUCUAUACUCAAAUUAUUGCGAUUAUUACUCUCAAAGCUUUAUGGAUUUCGCUCACUUUGACUACUACAUUGGUGAUGUGUGGUGGUUAUAUGUGGAACACGAUCCGCACACCUCCAUUUAUCGGUGAAAACGACGGAAACUUGCACUUUCUUUCUGGCGGCAUGCAGUAUCAGUUUGGUGUAGAGACUCAUAUUGUAGCCAUCAUGUACGGUAUUGCGUCCGCUGCAUUUAUUGCUCUAGUCGUAUACGUACCAAAAAUGGAAAAUAAGUCUGCUCAACGCACCACCGUAUUCCUAUGCUUGCUUGCAUUUAUGUUUAUCUACUCGCUUAUUUUGGCUGUUUUCAAGUUAAAGGCUGGCCAGUAUCCCUUUCGACUUAUGUUUUGA